AUGCCGCCCGCCGUGGGCAGGCCACGCCCCGUCCCCACCGUCGCCACGCCCCGCCCGGGCAGGCCACGCCCCGUCCCCACCGUCGCCACGCCCCGCCCGGGCAGGCCACUCCCCGCCCCCACCGCCACGCCCCGCCCCGCCCCCACCGCCACACGCCCCGCCCCCACCGCUACACGCCCACCGCUACACCUCGCCCCCACCGCCACACGCCCCACCCCCACCGCCACGCCCCCCGCCCACCGCUACACCCCGCCCACCGCCACGCCCCGCCCACCUUAUAUGAAGAAAGUAUGUCUCUAA